AUGUCCCUGGGGUGUCGGCAAGUUGGCGUACUCGCCGUGCGACUGUUCUGCCGCCUCUACGGCCCAGGGGGCUUGUCGGCCUGGAUAGCCUCGUUUACCCUGCUCUCGCUCCUUUCUUCACGGUUUGGAUCCUGCGCGGUCGCAUCCUCGUCUGGCUCGAGUCCAAUUCUCGACAAUGGGCUCCAGCACGAGAUCCAAUGGGACCGUCACAGCAUCGUCAUCGGGGGCGACCGCCUGUUCUUGUUUGGAGGAGAGAUGCAUCCCUUCCGACUGCCGGUUCCCGAGCUGUGGGAGGGCAUUCUGCAGAAGAUCAAGGCCAUGGGACUGAGAAUGGUGUCCAUCUACAUACACUGGGGCUUCCAUGCGCCGGCUCCGGGCAAGGCCGUGCGGGAGGGCGAGAACGUGCUGCUCGUGGUACACGACGACACGGGCCACGACCAGCUGAACGCGGCGGUCAACCCCCGCAGGGCGCUCAACGCCACGCUGCUGGGGGGUGGUGCCGUCGCCGGCACGGCGGGCGGGUCGGCAGCCCCGGACCGGGCCGGGCUGGACCGGGUGCGGACGCGCUAUAACGAGGGCGGGCUGGCGGCGGAGCGGCUGGGCUGGCACCUGCGCGGGUUCAACGACUCGGCCUGGGAGACGGCCGAGGGCCCGUGGUUGGGUUCGAGGGCCCCGGCGUGCGCUUCUACCGCGGGUGGUUGCCGCUGGACGUGCCGCGGGGGAUCGACCUGUCCCUCGCGUUCCGCUUUAAAGCCGGCCGAGGAGGACGUCGAGAGGGGGACGCUGGAGUACACGGUGCUCCUCUUCCCCUCCAUCGCGUCCGAGGAUACCUUCCCCGUCCCGCCCGGGGUGCUGGACUACAGCGGCGACAAUCUGAUCGGCUUGGCCGUCUGGUCGCUGCAGGAGGAGGGAGCGCGGGUUGAUGUCGACGUUGUGGUCGGGUAUGUGGCGGACUCGUCGCUAGACGUGAAAUUCGACGGCAGCUAUCUGCGGCCGGGAUGGGAUCCGAGGAGGCUUUCCUCGUGUGACGGCGUACCAGUCAUUGUCUCCUGA